UACCGAUCGGCUGGAAUGAAAAUCAUGCAGUCCAACUUCCAGUACAGCAUGGGAGGUGCGCCGAGAACGAGUUCCGCCCUCGCCAAACCACCGGACGGAGGAUGGGGGUGGUUCGUCGUCUUUGGAUCCUUCAUGAUACACGUAUUCGCUGACGGUGUCACGUACAGUUUUGGAGUAUUUUUUAAAGCUCUCGUAGAAGACUUCAAAGAAGGCCAAGGCCGAACUUCGUGGAUUGCCUCCAUCCUUGUCGGUGUCACGCUGUGCUCAGGUCCACUUUCAAGUGCACUCGUGAACCGAUGGAACUGCAGGGUGGUUACCAUCGCAGGGGCCAUAGUCGCUUCUGCUGGCCUCGUUAUAAGCAUGUUUGCCCAAAAUGUAUUCACCCUUUGGAUCACCGUCGGUCUGAUAACAGGAUUAGGUUUGGGUCUGAUUUAUCUGCCAGCUAUUGUUUGCGUCACAUGCUACUUUGAAAAGUACCGGUCGCUGGCGACUGGAAUAGCAGUCUGCGGCUCUGGGCUGGGAACAUUUAUACUCUCCCCAAUCGUCGAGGUCUUAGUGAAAAAUUUUGGAUGGAGAACUUCCCUUCUCAUCAUUGGCCUCAUGAUGCUCAUCUGCAUCUUCUUUGGGAUGCUGUUCAGGCCACUGCCACCCGACGAGACACCCCCUCCUGAGCAGGAGAUGUUGCAGAUGGAAAACGGCAAAGUAGUCCAAAAUGGUGAAAGAACGAUGCCAAAUGGCCAGAAGAGGCCCCAUAGCAUACACGGCGCAACAAUGGCCAUGAACGUGAGUACUGGUUUGAAUGGUAACGAAAAAGCGAGGCUGGCCUUAUCGCAACCCAUGCUUACCUUCGAACACAGGAAGAGUGCCUUUGGUAGUGGAAUCAUGUACAGAAAAGAUAUUCUUUACAGUGGGAGCACGACAAACAUCCCUCAGCACCAUAAGUCGGCAACGUAUAUCAAUGAUGGAAAACAUGCAUCAGAAGAGGAAAAACUAUUGGUGAUGAAUGGAAUACGUCGAAAGAGCGUUCUACAAGAGGAAAAUUCUAAUGUCAUCUGUGGUUGCAUCCCUUGCGCAGAAGAGACAACAGACACCCUCAAUGAAAUGCUCGACUUCUCUCUUUUCAAAGACCCACUGUUUAUUAUUUUCACAGUGUCCAACUUUUUAACCAGCAUCGGUUUUAAUGUGCCUUAUGUGUACAUAGUGUACAUGUCUGUACACCGAGGAGUCAGUGAUACAAAUGCCAGUUAUCUUUUGUCAGUCAUUGGACUGGCCAACACCAUCGGAAGGAUAGCUUUGGGAUACAUCUCAGACAAACCAUGGGUUAACCGACUUUAUGUUUAUAACACCUGCCUUGCUGUUUGUGGAAUAGGUACAGCAGCAUGUAUUCUGUGUGAAAACUACAUCAGCUUUGCCGUGUACGCUUUUGUAUUUGGUUUUACAUCUGGAGCGUACGUUGGACUUACAUCUGUAGUACUUGUUGAUCUUCUUGGCUUGGAUAAAUUAACAAACGCCUUUGGACUUUUGCUAUUGUUCCAAGGUCUUGCCUCUUUAGUAGGUCCGCCAAUUACAGGAGGGUUGUACGACUGGACUAAUUCGUACACACCAGGCUUCGUCUUUUCUGGGAUGAUGAUAAUGUUCAGUGGUCUGAUGCUCUUUAUGAUUCCUUCUUUGAGGAGAUACGUCGAGAAGAAGGAAUCGCAAAAAGCGGCAAAUGGCAAUGUCGUCAGAAGUUAACAAAACCCGUUGACAUUUGAAACAAACAAAAAAGGAAAAUUUUGUUCUGAUUUUGUACCAAAGUUCUUCCUAGUUAAUUAAGAAACUGUACCUACAUUUUUUCUGUGAAUAUGCGGUUACAAGGGACUGCUCUGUAAUUUCCAUAUAUUUUCCUUUUUAAGUUGUAAUGUAUUUUAUUAAUUACUUAAAUUUUAGCAGUAUAGAUUGUAAGUUGUAAGUGCAAAUUGUUAAGACUGACUUGUGAUGAUGAUAUUUAAAAAAAAAA